AUGGCAGCCGCCGCCGAUUCUACCGCCGGCCAAAACCCUAAGGACGCCGAGCGGCACGUCUUCACUGCUGAAUCCGACGCCGAGUUCUCCGAGGAGGAGUACGACGAGGAUGGGGAGGAGGAAUACGAGGAGGAGGAGGAGCUGGACGGGCCGGCGGCCGAGGCUGCGGAGCGGGAGCGGGUGCAGUCCGUGUUACGGCGGCUGUCAUCCAACCCCGUGGGCAUCCGCGUCCACGACGUGAUCAUCAAGGGCAACACCAAGACCCGGGACGAGCUCAUCGAGGCGGAGGUCGCCGCCCUGCUACGCGCCGCCCCCACCGUGCAGGAUCUGCUCCGCGCCGCCAGUGUCGCCACCGCGCGGCUGCACAGUCUCGACGUCUUCGACGCCGUCAAGAUCACGCUCGACGCGGGGCCGCCCGAGCUGCCCGGCACCACCAACGUCGUCAUCGAGGUCGUCGAGGCGGCCAACCCCCUCACUGGCACCGCCGGCGUCUAUUCGAAGCCCGAAGCAAGAUCUUGGUCGCUGGAAGGGUCACUUAAGUUGAAGAAUUUGUUUGGCUAUGGUGACAUCUGGGAUGCAUCAGGGUCCUUUGGUUGGGACCAAACAACAGAGGUUGGUGUUGGAGUCUACCUACCGAGGUUUAAAUCAAUACCAACACCAUUGAUGGCCCGGGCAUCUUUGUCAUCACAAGAUUGGCUGAAGUUUUCAUCAUACAAGGAGCACCUACUUGGCCUUUCAUUUGGUUUGCUGUCAACAAGGAACCAUGACUUGUCAUAUAACCUUACAUGGCGUACCUUAACUGAUCCAUCACAUGUCUCAUCAAAGGCCAUAAGAAGGCAGUUAGGGCAUAAUCUUCUUUCUGCAUUGAAGUACAUAUACAAGAUUGAUAAGAGGGAUUCACAUCUUAGGCCAACAAAAGGAUAUGCGUUUCAGUCAACUUCUCAAGUUGGUGGUCUAUGGAAUAGCAAAGGAUUGAGAUAUUUUCGGCAGGAGUUUGAUGUGCGUGGUGCUGUGCCUUUGGGAUUUUAUAAUGCUGCUCUCAACGUUGGUGUAGGAGCGGGUGUCAUUUUACCACUUGGAGGGGGAUUCAUGAAUUCGACUUUACCAGUGCCAGAGAGGUUUUAUCUUGGAGGUAAUUCUUCUCCAGUUUGCAGCUUGGGCGGACUGUCAUCUCUGCUGGGUUUCAGAUUAAGGGGAGUUGGCCCAACAGAGGCACGGAGGCAUGUCCUUGAUAAAUCGGAGAGUGGCUCAGCUGACCCUGGAAGGGAUUACUUGGGAGGUGAUCUGGCCGUGUCUGCCUUUGCUGACCUUUCUUUUGAUCUACCUCUCAAGAUAUUCAGAGAUGCUGGAAUUCAUGGCCAUGCAUUCCUUACUGCUGGAAACCUUGCAAAAUUGUCGGAGGGUGAGUAUAAGAACUUCUCGGCUUCUGAAUUUCAGCGCACAUUCCGGAGCUCUGCUGGUGUUGGCAUUAUUUUGCCUACUAAACUUUUCCGGGUGGAGGUGAACUAUUGUCACAUCCUAAAGCAAGCUGAGCAUGACAGUUCGAAGUCUGGAAUCCAGUUCAGCUUCUCCUCGCCCAUGUAG